GAAAAACUCCGCAGUGAAAAGUGCGCCUUUGUUUGAGAUAGAGACGUUGUGUGAAGGGGAAAGCGUCAUCCUCCUCACACCACCAUGAGCUUCUCCCCUGGUCCUUCCAGUCCUCUGGUGUUCGACAGUAUCCAGCAGCAGAGAGGUCGCUGGGAGAGGAAACGCAGGCGAACGUCCAGAGAGCUGGUUCAGACUGAGCAGCUCUACGUCAGACAGCUGGAACUUGUAAACACAUUCUUUGUGGAGAUCUUGAAGGCCAAAGGAACCCUGAAGCAGGACAUCAGAGAAGCCAUCUUCAGUUCAAUUAAAGACAUUCAGUCAGUAACCCAAUCUCUACUGGUCCAUUUGGAGAACGGCUACUUUGGGAAAGGACUGGACCAGUUCUGUUCACACCUGCACUUUUACAACACGUAUGUGGACAACAUCUAUGACGCCAAGAAAGUGCUUGAGAUCCAGAUGAAGAAAAACAAGGCCUUCAGACGAUUCAAGAAACUACAAGAAGCUCGACCAGAGUUCAACAACCAGAAGCUCGAGGACUUACUUCAAAUGCCCGUUCUGAGAAUUAACCAGUACAAGCAUUUCCUGCAGGAUCUGACAAGCAACACAAGUCCAGAUGACCCAGAGUUUCAGCAGCUCUCCAGGGCUGUAACUGCAGUGUGUGAGGUGUCCCAGCGUAUCCAGGACAACGCACGCCACCAUGAAAACCACCUGCAGCUUUGCCGGGUGCAGAAACUGCUGAAAGGACGAAAGACGAAGGUGCUGACUACAGGCAGGUGGUACAUCCGUGAGGGCUGGCUGCACAUCGUUCCUCCCAAAGGUGCUGAAGCUAAGCCCAAGAUGUUCUUCCUGUUCUCUGACAUGCUGCUGCAGGCCCAGCACUGCAGCCCGCUGCAUCCCACCAACGGCGAGAAGUUUGCCGGUCAGCACGCGUAUCCACUUCAGGACGCCACCGUUGAGAAGGUGUUUGGUCACACCAGGAGCAAAGGAGGCUUACUCAGCUUAACCUUCCCCAAAGCUAAACUCCUGCUGAUGUCAAGCAACCAGCAGGAUCUCAACGACUGGUAUCAGAGCCUGAGCUCAGCCAUCAGGAAGCUGCAGACCAAACACACCGUGGUCCAUCGGAGAGACGAAUCUGGACUCGGACGUCUCUGCCCUGCAGGCGACGGCAGCACGGGGCCCUGCAGCAACACUGCGAGGAAGAGGAACGUGGAGCGCUCUGACGCCACUGAGCAUGCUCAGAGGACUCCAGCGAUUCAGGACUGCAGUGCCCCCAAGAGGAUGAAGCCGUGUGAUGGUCCAGAGCUGAGCAGUGGCGAGGCCUCCUCCUCCGGCUGUGUGAUCCUGUGAUGGAGACCCUGGAUGGACGUGACCGUGGACGAUUUUCAUUCAGUUUUACCAAACAGGAUCAGCGUGAUGCUCAUGUAUCUGUCCUCUGUCCUGAUUAUUUCCUGAAUUUAACACGACAUGAUGUUUUUCCUUCCAGCUUCUUCUUCUUCUCUGGUGCAAUAUAAGUAACGUUAUCAUGCUGCUGAUUAACACUUAAAGCUUUAACGUCUGAGACUGUGGGGAAUAUUUAUUCAUAAUGACAGGUGGGUGUUUUCUAACCGUCUAUGUUGACCGGAGAGGUCUUCAUCUCAUCUGUAUCCAGGCAAAACAACCUGGAUAACAGAAAGCUGUUUUUAAACUACUUGCUAUUCCUUCAUCUAUCCUUUAAUCCUCCUACCUGUGGGUAAAUCAGCCCCUCUUCUUUUAUCAUUUACAUUGUUUUAUAUUCUGCAGAUUAUAUGGACUUUUUACACUUUUUGCUGAUAUUUAAAGUUGUUACAGAGAUUUCUGCUUAUAAGUGGAGAUGGAAAUGAUCAUUUCCCAAUAAAAAAAAUAAC